AUGAAAAGGAUUGCUUUCAGUGUUUGGGGAGGAGCAGUCCAUAGAUUUAGACUUUCUCAUCUGUCUGCUAGAGCUUUCUACUCCACAAAUAAGUUCGAAUUCGUUGUUCCAUUACAUCCUUUAUUGCUCCAAAAAGCCAAGUCACUGAGAGAUGAGUUGCGGGAGUUCGAAAAUAAGAUGCUUAAUGGGGAAGUUCUUAAUCCAAAUGAUUCCAAGCAUUUCAAUAGCCUCACUCAUUCAGUCGAUCUUUAUGAUCAAAUUGAGAAGUUAGUGAAGGAGAUUUCCGAACUUCAAGAGAUCCUGACUGAGAAGGAUCAAGAUCCAUCUCUCAUCUCAGAAGCCGAAUUGGAAAUCAAAGGCGUUGAAGCUGAGUUGGAAAAAACUGCCGAAAAUCUCAAAGUCAAAUUACUUCCCCCGAUCCCUUACUCUGAUAGGCCAUGUUUAAUUGAAUUACGUCCUGGUGCAGGAGGACACGAGGCAAACAUAUUUACCGAAGACCUUUUAGAAAUGUACAUCAAAUAUUGCCAAUUACGGGGAUGGGCGUCGAACAUAGAAUCGAAAACAGAACACUCGUCAGGUAGAGGAUUGGUGGAGGCUACACUAUUAAUUAAACAGCCUGGGUCAUAUGGGAGAAUGAGACACGAAGCAGGAGUUCACCGCGUCCAGAGGAUACCCGAAACAGAAAACAAAGGGCGUGUUCACACGUCUGCUGCGGCAGUGGUGGUCUUACCUCAAAUUGAAAACAACAAUGCUGAUCCUGAGGUUCGUAAGUUUAAACCGGGAGAACUGAAAAUCGAUGUCAUGCGUGCGAGUGGUUCAGGGGGACAACAUGUCAAUACUACUGAAUCUGCAGUUCGUAUAACUCAUGUUCCCACUGGAAUAACCGUGAGCAUACAAGAUGAGCGUUCUCAGUUAAGAAACAGGGAGAAAGCUAUGAUUAUUCUGAGAUCCAGACUUGCAGAACUAGAAUUAAACGAAAAAUUGGCGAAAGAAAGAGAGCAAAGAACCGGUCAAGUGUCUUCUGUCGACAGGAGCGAUAAAAUCCGAACAUAUAACUUUCCUCAGAAUCGACUCACAGACCAUAGGUGCGGUUUGACAUUGUACGAUUUGGAAGGUUGCCUUAACGGCGAGAGACUGGACGAUGUGAUAGAUAAGGUAGCAGCCAAGGAAGUAGAAGAUCGUGCUGCUGACCUUAUUUCAACGAUAAAGUCACAAUCUUGA